AUGCGAAACAACUUUCGAAUGAGUAUGAUGCAGUAUCUCGAGUACGAACGACAAUCCAUCGAAUUCCGGGGUCUCGAGGAAGGUAUUCUGUCAUUUUCGUCCUUGUCAAUGAAGAUGAACUACUCUUCGCUAAGAGACCAGCAUAAGGAGCUCAGCAAUGCCUUUGACCGGAGCUUGGGUUGGUACGCAGGAAAUAUCCGCGCUGUCUGGCCUCAUAACAAAGCAGGCAUGGGGACCCUCUACGAAUUGACUUCAGCCGAGCUGGACCAGUUCCGCCGUCUCUCGCCAGACCCGACACAAUUCGAGACCAACUAUAUGCGGAAGAGCGGCAGCGAAUCGAAAAACGACAAAAAGUCCCUGACUCCUCUCCAAUCGUCCCAGCCGUCAAUCAAUUCCAACAAUCGCACCGAGACUACCACUCUUGCUCAAGCCGAUCUGGAUAUUCCUGGGCCAAUUGAAGUAGCGGCGGAAGACUAUACCAACGGGCGCGUAGCACAAGUGAGCACGAACAACUUCAAGGAGAAUAACCGGAAAGCACGUGAGAUUGUGUUGGAUAAUUGUCUCGACCUUGGGCAGCUUCCUAACCCCGAAAUUGGUCCGGAUUUCUUUGUCAAAGAAGUGGUGAAAAUUGGUGUUGCCUACAAAUUUGUCAACGAUACUAAGAAAUGGCUCAAACAGUGCAAACGUAGAAGGCCUGCCGAUGAAGUUGAGGAUUACGGGACUAUCUCGGAGAUUAGAACUGUUAUGCACAUAUAUCUCUUGAAAUCACGUGGCAAGAGUAAAAAAAUUACUGCUUUUGCUGAUUAUAUAUGUACUCGAACAACCCAGCCGUCUAUUAAGUCCGGUUAA